UCCCAGUCGCCCAACCUGUAAACAGAGCAGCCCUCGGGCGACAACUUCUGCUUCCGGGUCACGCCUUGACAGCCGCUUUCACCACCCCGGUCAGCCCCACGGUUCGGCAGUUUGGAGCAUGUGAACGUACUCUGAGCCUUGAUGAGUUCCAGUAUGUGGUAUAUUAUGCAGAGCAUUCAGAGCAAAUACUCUCUCUCAGAGCGCUUAAUCCGAACAAUCGCUGCCAUUCGCUCCUUCCCACACGACAAUGUAGAGGACCUCAUCAGAGGGGGAGCAGAUGUGAACUGUACCCACGGCACGCUGAAGCCCUUGCACUGUGCCUGCAUGGUGUCCGAUGCGGACUGUGUGGAGUUACUGCUGGAAAAGGGAGCUGAGGUGAAUGCCCUGGAUGGUUACAACCGAACAGCCCUCCACUAUGCAGCUGAGAAAGAUGAGGCUUGUGUGGAGGUCCUGUUGGAGUAUGGUGCAAACCCCAACGCACUGGAUGGUAACCGAGACACCCCGCUUCACUGGGCAGCCUUUAAGAACAAUGCUGAGUGUGUGCGGGCCCUCCUAGAGAGCGGGGCCUCUGUCAACGCCCUGGAUUACAACAAUGACACCCCGCUCAGCUGGGCUGCCAUGAAAGGAAAUCUUGAGAGCGUCAGCAUCCUUCUUGAUUACGGUGCAGAGGUCAGAGUCAUCAACCUAAAAGGCCAGACGCCCAUCUCCCGUCUGGUGGCUCUGCUAGUCAGGGGGCUUGGGACAGAGAAAGAGGACUCUUGCUUUGAGCUCCUCCACAGAGCUGUUGGACACUUUGAAUUAAGGAAAAAUGGCACCAUGCCACGAGAAGUGGCCAAAGACCAGCAGCUGUGUGAAAAGCUGACUGUUCUGUGCUCAGCCCCAGGGACUCUAAAAACACUCUCUCGCUAUGCUGUGCGCCGGAGCCUGGGACUCCAGUAUCUGCCGGAUGCCGUCAAGGGCCUUCCUCUGCCAGCUUCUCUGAAGGAAUACCUGUUACUCGUAGAAUAGCCUGGAGGAGAUGUCAGGCCGGCAACUCUGUGUAAGGUUUUGCCCUGCAGCACCGUCUGUCUUGGAAAACAGGAAAAGCAGUUGCUCCUGUUGUGUGGUUUAUAUUUCAAGGCAACAUGUCACAACAGUAACCUUCACAUCACCUCCCCUCCCCAAACCAAGCAAACAAACAAAAAAAUGUCCCUCACUUUUGUUUCUGUUUCUUGCUUACUAGGCCUUUUAUAUUGCACCCUGCAAAGGAAGAGGUGUCCCCAACCCUCCUUAGGGAAAGAAAUCAACAGUGAGACUGAAUUUCUCUGGGCAGAUGAAGAGUAUUUAUAGCAUGUGCAUUUGGUUUGCCUUUGGGAACAUGAUUAACUUUCGGAAGAAUCGCUCUAGAAACAUUUUAAUUGAUCUGCAAAGAAGUUUAAGAAAAUUCCAGCUGACAGCUGCAGCCCAAAGAUGAAGAUAACUACCGCCUCAGAUGGUGCACAGGUUCAGAACUGGCCCGGAUGUCCCUAGAAUCAUCCCCGGGCAUUCAAAAGGGACUGGCCCCUUCUCACCACUGAAGGGAAGGGCAGUUUUUGCUGCUUUUCCGUGAGUGUGCCCAAGGCUUACAGUAGUUCAGCAGUGUUAUUUUAGAAAGAUUAUCUUGCUGCUCUCCAUGUAGUAGAAGAGAUAGAAGGUUCUAAGCAAUCCUAAGAACUUUUCUUUGAAUGCAAUUCUUUCUCUUCCUGACAGCCAGUUUGUGCUAGUGGGCUUGGGCAGGCUCUUCCUGCGCCCACCAUAGAGGGAGGUGUCUGCUCUAGCAGGGGAGGACGUGGGCUGGGCUGCCUUGUCUCAUGUGUCUUUCAUUCACUCUGCCAAGAGUUUGGAGUUUGUUUUCAGUUGUUUGGGAAACUUUGCUUUUUACUGAUCUACACAAAAAGACCUUGGUGGUGUGGGUGGAGUUGGGGAGUGGGGGAAGAGCACUCAUAAGAGCUUCCUCUGAGAUGACCCACCUACCCAAAAGAGAUCUGUUUUAGUGAACAAUACUUAAGUCUGGGUACUCUUCCUCUUCAUGUUCCUAAGCUAGAUCAAGUUGUAGAUUCUAGAUGACCUUAUGCAAAUGUGAAAGACUUUUUUUUUUAACUGAUUGGGAACUAUAAAUAAAAAUGAACAGUAUCUGCUGACACAGCUAAUUUGAAAAAGUAUGUCUGCUUUUGUCCUUUUGUUAUUGGUGUUUUUGCUCACAUAAGGAAAAAGAAAUAAAAAGGUCUAAAAGCAA